GUUCAGUCGGGAAAAGACUUCACAUUAAGAAAGUUCCACUGAGUGAGUGAAUGAGCUUAUACAACGGGGACUAUAUCACAAGUUCCCUCCAGCAGAGGCAGUCCUCAGCUGUGGACUUAUCGGUCGGUGAUCAUAUUCUAAUCAUUAUUACUAUAAACGUAUGGUGUAAUGAUAUACUCCACAAUGGCGUCUGUUUGAUUAGAAAUUAGAGAAGAAUUGGCCUCCAUCGAACUGUUGGACAAGAAAGACGUAUCCCAUCGACCACAGAAUUAAACAGCUAAACGAGAACAAAGAAAAGACCAGCCACCAUGACGAAUAGAACCAUACAAUCCCUUAUACUGCUGUCACUUGUUUACACCACAACAGCAAUGUUUCUGAGACUAGCCGGAGGCAAUGCGCACGAGGGGAGGGUGGAGGUGUCUCAGGAUGGAGUCACGUGGGGUACCGUAUGCAAUGAUGGUUGGUCGGAUUACAACGCCCACGUGGUCUGCCGUGAGAUUGGGUAUAAGUGGGGAGCGGCAAAAAGGGCGCGGUACCUCUACGGUAUCGGUAAAGGUCCGAUUUUUCUAGAUGACGUCAAAUGUAAUGGACAGGAAAGUAAUCUGGCUUCCUGUCCGCAUGCGAAAUGGGGCGUAAACAACUGUGUGCACACCGAAGACGCGGCAGUCACGUGCCAUAACGACAUAGUCCGACUGGAGAAUGGAGGACCUAACCACGGUAUCGUGUACGUCCUAGAUGACAACAAGACCUGGGGAGUCCAGUGUGGAGACGGAUUCGACAGGAACGCCGCUGUCGUCGUAUGUCGCGAGCUUGGGUACCAGCACGGCCGUGAUAUGUCAAUAGGCACUUACGGCAAAGUUGAUGACGUUCACACCAAGUAUAUUCAAGGAGACAUUUUGUGCUCGGGUUCAGAGCUCUCCAUCAGACAGUGCACGUCCUCUAACACGUGUAACCAGUUUCCGUACAACUAUGGAGCGGUCGUCUGCUCUAAUAUGCCAAUACUAGGAGGUAAUGACGUGAGACUGCUAGGGGGCCAAAACUCGGGUUUGGUGAUGACCAACACAGCGGGGAUCUGGGGAAGUGUAUGUGGCUCCACCUGGGAUGAUGAGGACGCUGGUGUCGUGUGCAGACAACUGGGAUAUGCAGGUGGAGUGCCGUAUGCAUUUCCCAGUAAUUCUUCCAUGGGACCUUAUGUACUGGGAUCAGUGAACUGUUUGGGGACGGAAAGGCGACUAAGUGAUUGUAACCGACAGGAAAAGGGUUGUGUUUACAACGACAAGAACAUCAAGGUCGCUGGGGUUCUUUGCCACCAACGAAAAGCCCCAGUACUUCGACUUAUUGAGGACAGACCACGUGUCGGUCGGCUAGAGAUAGAGAUGGACGGCCAGAAAGGAGGCAUAUGUGACACAGAGUGGGACGUUAUAGACGCUAGGGUUGCCUGUCAACAGCUGGGGUACGCGGACGGGGAUAACAUACGAGGAUUGGAAGCCCCCUACAAUACUACGUUCAUGUCAAACGUACAAUGUGCUAAAGGAGAGAGAAGUAUUUUCGAAUGUAAAAACGAUGGCUGGUCCAACAACCGAAAUAGUGCAUCUUGUUCUGGUCCAAACAACUUUGCUGGAGUAGAAUGCUAUGAACAUGCAUUCCUUGCCUCGACACAAAGCAGCGCCAUGGGAACGACCGGAAAUGUCUUGGUCUUUCACAAUAAACGAUGGUACCAUGUUUGUGAUCAGGAUUUCGGGCCCUAUGAUGCCGAGAUGGUUUGUAAAGAACUAGGAUUCCCUGUAGGUGUUCCACUUAUCAGCGAACCAAUAAGAGUUGACAACAAGUUCAAAAUAUUCUUUCUUCAAAUGAACUGUCCGGCAAAUGGCACAAGUCUGAGAAACUGCCAGUUUAACGAGACAGCCAGCUGUAGAUCUAGAACAGCUCCGUUCUAUCCGGCCGCUUACGCCUCGGUCCUUUGUCUCCAGGGUAACGCAAAUCCAGAUAUCCGUGUACACCCUCCCACCACAUUUCCGUCCAGUCUGGUUAUACAGAUGUACGGUAUGAAUGGGACAGUGUGUGCCAGGGGCUGGGACUAUAAGGACGCUCGAGUGUACUGUCGCCAGUACGGCUACCGUAUGGGGUUCACGAUACCCACUUCAACCGUACAAGGAGCAAACCUGAAUAACCCCGUAGUGUGGAUGUCAGACAUUGGAUGUACCGGAUGGGAGUCAGACUUCCGGAUGUGCAUUCGUAAUUCCGUUCUGGACAAGACGAAGACCACUGGCGCUUGCGCUGGUGGUAUGGCUUCCGUCUAUUGUAUUUGAAUAGUUUUAAUUAUCAAAUAAAUAGUGUCAUGCCAA